ACCUUUGUCAAGUCGCAUUUCAAAGUGCGAUACAUUAUGGGGAUAAAAACGGUCCGAUUUGCUCCUCACGUCGACUGCAUGAAUGUCACAACAACCAUGUGAUCAAAGGUCAUGAAGUUUCGACUGCAAUGUUCAGUUUUGUUUGACCCACGCGAACCAGCAUUCAUGUGGAUAUGGACAAUUUAAUGUGAUAUUUGAGGCUCUCUAGCAACAAUUAAAAGUACAAUGUACACACAUAUUUACAGUUUGUGAGUGUUUGAUAUGGAGGUUUGAGAUAUGUUUAUUUCGAAAUUACAAAGAAAUACUUUAUAAAACAAUGGCAACACUGCCAUGUUGCACUGAGCCCAUCCACAUCAUUGUCCGACUUAAUCAAUCAAAUUUAUUUAUAUAGCCCAUGUCACAAAGUGCUGUACAGAAACUCAGCCUAAAACCCCAAACGACAAGCCAUGCAGGCGUGGAUGGCGCAGAUGCAAUUUUCCCCAGCUGUCCUUCUGGACUUUCUUCUGCAGUCGGUUGCUUCAGUCUUACCACUAAAACAAGCUCAUCGACUCUUCAAAAAGGACCGCAACAUUCUGGCACCAUCUGAAGUACUUUGCCAUAAUUGGUUUCACGUGUCAAGUAGCAAAUAUAUACCAUCAUAUUUAAUAACGCGACAAAAAUGAAAGUAAAACACGAAAAAGACAAGUUGAAAUAUAUAGGUUUUGCUGCCCAUAUUUUUACUUUGCGGUAUCUUUGAAUGCCUUUGCUGGGAAAUUGGCAUGGAGGGAUUUAGACACGCCCACACGCGACAGUAGUUUUUUUGUGACCGCAGAGAUACAAUAAAUAUAUGUAAUAUAUUGUUGACAGUAAGAAAAGGGAAAGGGUCAGUUGUACAACUGAAUGCAAUCAACUGAAAUGUGUCUUCCGCAUUUAACCCAAACACAUCCAUGUCUGGUUUGUCAUUGAUAGUUUAUCCCCCCCAAAAAACUAGUAUACAAAUUAGUUUUGGUGAUUUUGAUGAUACAUUUGUAAAGAGUUGAUGGUUUUGCUUUUUGAGAGAGGACACUGGAACAAGAUAGAAAACUCAAGCAAGCGGAUUGUAGAAUUUCCAAUCUAGUAGGGAAUUUCCCAGAUAUUUGAGUAUCAUGACGUGAUUGUUUUCAAUUAACUUUGAAGGACAUGGGUCUCUACAAGGGGAUUUUGCUCCAAUGAUGUUUGUGACCGAUUGUGAAAGAGAAGUGCGCUUUUAUGUCUAGUUUACGUGAGAGGGAACAAAAUAAAAUUGGGACACAUCCACAGUUUCUAAACUAAUGCCGCGUUCUUACGCUAGUCGGAACUAGGAAUUGUCAAACUUGCUGUUUCGUAGAACGCGGCACGUGUAUAGCUAUAAAUAGUUGCCAUGUCGGAAAUGUGCGAGUUUCUUAGUUCCGACUAGCACAUGAACGCGGCAUCAUACUGUAGAGGCGUGAAUUGUCAGACCUGUCCCACUGAAUACAGAGGGCAAUUCAACAUAUUUUAUGCCCAGUUGGGUGCGUCUUUGCAUAAACUAGCUAAAUGGAGAGAAAAAAUUAAAGUUGGCCAAAAUGUAAUGAUUUUGAUCUAAUAAUUAUUUUGUGAACACUCAAAGUAGGCUACAAUAAAAUCAUCGAGUGACAAAUAAACCUAUUUGCGUCGGAUAUUCACACUUUGAACGUUCUAAUAUGCUCGGCAGGAAUGAUCAUGUUUACGUUAGCAUAUCCGUCUGCCCAUGUCCGGAAGGGGUCAUUUUCCGUCUUGUUCCGCUAGGAUAAUGCGGGAAGGGAGUGAUUGACAAUGCAGAUGUUCUGUCCAUAAACUUCAUCUGGUAUGCAUUCGUCGGUGAUUCCAGAGAAUCUGACUGGAAUUUCUUAGUUUCUUUAUCAUCUACAGCUGUCAGGCAUGCGGAGUAUCUUCUCCGGUCUGGCCAGUAUCCACAUCUCCUUCUCCAAAUCAGAGCAAUUCGUUUCUAAAUAGCCAGGGAUAGGCUACAUACAGUAUGUAAAGAGGUAAGAUGGCCACCCCCUUUGUCCCAGUGCCUGUCCCCAUGGAACGGACCCCGACCUGGCCCAAGAGGACCUCCCCCCAGGGAAUUAUCUCUAGCUCUGGCUUUUCACCUCCUGGAAAGUCCCCCUGGGUGAAGGCCACUGGGUCCUGGGGGGCCACGGUAGCCUGUCCGAGCCUCCCCCAGGCGUGUUCCAGCCCCGAGGGGUACAGGACAUCCAGAGGAGGGGAGCAGGGGUCGAUCGAGGAGGAUGGUACUCUAGGGGACAGUUGGGAGAGGCCCCUCACCCCUACCCUGCUGGGCUAUGAGGUCAUGGAGGAGAGGGCAAAGUUCACGGUGUAUAAAAUCUUGGUGAGAAGGAAUGAGGAAGAGAACUGGGUGAUCUUCAGAAGGUACACAGACUUCGCCAGACUCAACGAUAAGCUAAAGGAGUUAUUUCCCAGGUUCAGACUAUCCCUGCCACCCAAGCGCUGGUUCAAGGACAACUACGACAUGGAGUUUCUGGAGGAGAGACAGUUAGGCCUACAAGCGUUCCUACAGAACCUCAUAGCACACAGAGAUAUCACCAACAGUGAAGCGGUCAGACAGUUCCUUUGUCUGGAUGACCCGCCAGGCCCCUUUGACAGCCUGGAGGAGAGCAGGGCUUUCUGUGAGACGCUGGAGGAGACCAACCACCGUCUCCAGAGGGAUCUGUCGGAGAAACAGCGAGAGAUUGACUCUUUGAAAACAGCCCUGGACGAGAGACAGACCCACAUUGGGCUCCUGGAGAAGAGAGUGAAUGGUAAGUCCCCCAGCCCAGAGGGCCUUACUCCGGAGAGCAGCAGACUAUCAGCCCUAGGCAGUGAGAACAGCUCUGACACAGACACUGCCACAGACAGACACAGAGACACAGACGGAGAGGUGGACACAUACACAGACAGGGGAUCAUCCACUGCAUUGGAGGCUGACCAGGAGACAUGUCCUGAAAGAAGAAGCUCAGAAAUCCAAAGGCUACUCAAGGGUCACGGGGCGUACUGGUCAUCUGCGGCCAUUGAUUGUUCACCAGACGCUUUUAUAAAUUCAACAACUCCAUAGAAUGACGUGGAAUUCUGCAUUUGAUUCUGACCUGGGACCUGGAAAAGUAGAUGAUUCCAAGAUGGACUGAUGAUGAGCUACGAGUGAAUAGACUUCAUGUACAGAUUCUUGCUUGUAGUGACUGCGUUAAUGGGUGAUUGAAGUUUUCAUAUAAGGUGUGUGUGGGGGGGGGGGGGGUUCUGUGUGUCUAAGGAUUCCAGAAAUAUACUGUUUAUGAGUAUUGAUUUCCAACACUUGUUCUGCUCUCAUCUAAUGCCUUGGUUGUAUAAUAAUCAAGUGAAGAUAUACUGCAAUAUGUGUCUAACUGCCUUACAUCAAUCUCUUUUCUACCAAGCUAAGUACUGUAGUACUGUACUCAGGUUCGUACCUCCUCCCUGCGAAAAGCAAUACUAAUAAACUUGAUUGAUCUUAAAA